AUGAACUAUGUGGGUGAUAGCUCAGUUGGUGAAUCUCUCUGGAAUCAAACAGUAUGGACUCGGGAGAACAACAACAAUCAAAACAAUGGAGAGCAGAAGGUUGAGGCAACAACAACAAACCAGGAAAAGAAAGAAGAGAAGAACAACAACAAUAAAGAGGCUGUCUUUAAGACUCACAUACACUGUGAAGGCUGUUCCAACAAGGUUUCUGAUUGUCUAAGAGGAUAUUUUGGCGUUGAAGAAGUUGUAAUAGACAAGGCAAACAGUAAAGUGAUUGUGAAAGGACAAAAGAUUGAUCCAAUGAAGGUUUUGAAGAGGCUUCAAGAUAAGUUUAGUAAGCAUGUUGAGUUGAUCUCUCCUAAACCAAACCCUAAUGCCAGUAACCCUAAAAAGGAGACAGAAAAGAAAGAAGAGCCAAAAAUGAAGGUUUUGGUAGUGAAGAUGCACAUGCAUUGUGAAGGCUGUGCAAAUGAGAUUAAGAAAAAGGUGGAAAAAAUGCAAGGAAUUAUGGUAGUGGAACCAGACAUGAAGAAAUCAACGGUGGUUAUAAGAGGAUUAUUCGAUCCUCCAAAGCUUGUGGAACUGAUUAGGAAGAGACUAGGAAAGCACGUGGAGAUCUUGACGCAAGAAGAUGUGAAGGGAAAAGCCCAGCAGGCCCAAGAGAAAGGCCCAGAUGAGAAAAAUAUGUUCCAUUACCCACCCCAAUAUGCUACACAUAUUUGCCCUUCACAGAUUUUCAGUGACGAAAAUGUCUUCUCAUGCUCAAUCAUGUAG